UCUCGAUGUAGCACCAUGACAGGCAUCGCCGCCGCCUCCUUCUUCUCCAAUACCUGCCGCUUCGGGGGCUGCGGACUCCACUUCCCCACCCUGGCCGACCUCAUCGAGCACAUCGAGGACAACCACAUCGAUACCGAUCCACGUGUUUUAGAAAAACAAGAACUACAGCAGCCAACCUAUGUCGCCCUCAGUUACAUUAAUAGGUUCAUGACGGAUGCUGCCCGCCGAGAGCAAGAGUCCCUCAAAAGGAAGAUCCAGCCCAAGCUGUCGCUGACCCUGUCCAGCUCUGUGUCCCGAGGGAAUGUGUCCACUCCGCCACGCCACAGCAGUGGCAGCCUUACUCCCCCUGUGACCCCGCCCAUCACCCCCUCCUCUUCCUUCCGCAGCAGCACACCAACAGGCAGUGAAUACGACGAGGAGGAGGUGGACUACGAGGAGUCGGACAGCGACGAGUCCUGGACCACCGAGAGCGCCAUCAGCUCGGAAGCCAUCCUCAGCUCCAUGUGCAUGAAUGGGGGCGAAGAGAAGCCUUUCGCUUGCCCGGUGCCAGGGUGCAAGAAAAGAUAUAAGAAUGUGAAUGGCAUCAAGUACCAUGCUAAGAAUGGUCACAGAACACAGAUUCGUGUCCGCAAACCAUUCAAAUGUCGGUGUGGGAAGAGUUACAAGACAGCUCAGGGCCUGCGGCACCACACAAUCAACUUCCACCCCCCGGUGUCGGCCGAGAUCAUCAGGAAGAUGCAGCAAUAACCCGCUGGUUGUAACUGUGCCAAGAAAUCCUCACCAGCAGUUGCUGAUUUUGAAAACAGCCACCUUUUUUUCAGGGUAAGCACUCAGCAACCCUUUAAAGAAUUAAAUGCAUGCUUUAAACCUUUUCUGUAAUUUUGGAAUGAUGUAUCUUUGUAGCGUUAAUGAUUUUGUACAUUUGCACAUGGAAUCAUCUACCCACUUUCAUUACUUUGAUGUAAGGUGCUAAACAAACAAGCUCCAGGUUCUUCAGCACAUUUCCCCCAAAACAAACCCGAGGGAGGGCGGGUGGCAGAGCGCUCGGCUGCCCUGCAGUGGUAGCGGCUGGGGGAGGAAGGGCCGGCACGUAGGUAUUUUUCCCAAGAUUGUAACGUGAUUGAAGUUGUUCAACACAUCAAUUCACAUGUGUUCAAAACCAAAACAAUACCUUCAUUAUCAAGCUGUUACCAUGCCUUACAUGACGCAGUUAGCAUUUGUGAGUAGAAAGACUUUAGGUAAUGGAACUAUAAAUAAGAAUGUUUAACAAUAUGCUAAAAAUAUUUUCAUAUUUAAAUAACAUACAUAAAAAGGUGUGCUUUCUGUGUUUUAUAUUAUCUUGCAAAAUCCUUUUUGCCCUUUCAAAAGCUGAAAAUCUUGCCAUCUGACUUACCAAUAAUGUUAGUGUUACAAACUGCAUUUUUGUAUGAGUCUGUCCAGUUCCCUCAUUAACAGUUGAGUGCCUGCUGGGUGCGAGAGGUUCUUCUGACGCCUACUGUGAUCUGCGGACCAAGAUACCAGUGGAGUGCAAUCCUUUCCCUGAAAUGUUAGCAAACGCUUUGAAGUACUGAAGUGCAAAUUUGGUGUGUGAAGUUUAUUACAUCUUCAUCUCCAGCUGAAGCUGAAAGCACUUUGUAGUUCUCUAUUGCCAACUGCUUAUGUGUUGCCAAUUCUUGCAAGCACUACCCCUAACCAAUCUGUGCGUUGCAAAUCCAAGUUGGAAGCAUGCUGCAAAGAGGCACAUUUUCGUUAAGACCCCAACUGCCGCCUCUUCCCACUUACUGUGUUGGAGACUUCUUAAAGGCACUUUUCCCAUCACACUGUACAUGUCUGCAUCCUCCUUGGAAAUGUCUGUUUAGCUUUAUAAACAUUUUUGCUGAAAUAUGAAAAUGAGCCUUAUUGACAAUUAAGUGCUUCUUGCAGCAGGUGGUCAAAGAAAAGUGACUAAUAUGACCCAUAAGAGUAACUAACAUCUGGACCAUUCCUGAAGUUUUUCUCACCGACAGUACCAUCAUGCCUUGAGUGUUUUCUCCCAAGUGCUAUUCCUUACAUGAAAGAGUUUACCAGUUGCCUAAUUAUGCAAUAAAAAAAACUGCUUGAGACAGCUAAGCCCCCCACAAAACAAACUGAAGAAACGCAAAAGCAAACUGCAUACCACUUUCUUCCCAUGUUCCCAUUUGACAAAAUUUACACAAGAGCUGGGAAACAGGGGUCCCUCCGAAGAGAUGACAACUCUGCUAGCCAGAUGGGUAGCUCCUGUGUCCCUAAGCUGCGAAUCCCUCAUGAAAGCAAUGAUAGACACUGCCCUCUAAAACUUUCCUCAGAUUUCUACUAGUGGUCAUGGUCCCAAAUAUAGUGUUAUCCUCCAUGUUUAAAAGGGUGAUCCAGACAGGAGAAACAGCUAGUUGGCGCAGCAGAAGGCCCUACUUGGCUAGUUCAUAUCUACCUAUAGUUGACCAAAAAAGUUUAUAGGCCAGCAAUUUUCUUUUAGCUUUGCUCCUUCUAGUGCAAAAAAACAAAAACAAAAACAACUGCAGGCUGGAUCAAUAGUUCAAACAGCUAAACAGUCAUCAAAUAGUCAUUGUGCAUGUUCAAUUUCUUUCAACGAUAAAACAAAUUUCAAUUUGUAUUUACUUAUUCAUUGUGACAGUAUUAACAGGUAAGGAUGGGAAUAUUUUGUUAUACCGUGUAUAGUGAAUGUAUUGUACCGUGUCUGUGAAAACUGUGCUUUAAAUUAUAUUUUCAUAUGUUUUGUUGGGGACAGAGCACAUUAAGUCUGAAAGCAACAGAGGUUUGUUUUAGAACUGAAGGCAACUUAAAUCAAAAUUCCUGUCAAGAAAAGCUGCUGCUAAGUGUAAACAAAAAUCACAUUUAAAAUAAACUGCCUCUGACCCAA